AUGGCUUUCCAUGUAGAUAAAACUCUCUCUAAACUUUUUAAAACAGCUUUUGAAAAACAAAAAGAGGAAAGUUAUGAAGAGAGAUUUAUUACACCAGAUACAACCAACUUACUUUUUCAUAACAUUUCUCCAUCUGAAGAAAAAACACCUGAAGAAUAUUUUAUUCAUUAUAGUAAAUAUUAUGCCAAUGUAUGUUUCAGUACAUAUCCAGUAAUGAAUGGUGCUAAAUUUGGGAAGCCAAUUGCUGACUGUACUAUGAUAGAUGUAUAUAAAAAUAUGGUUAUCAUGUCUAUUGCUGAUGGUUGUGGUAUGGGUUCUAGACCAGCAAAAUCAGCCCGUGUUGCAUGUGAGAAAUUUAGUGAAUACAUAACAUCUGAAGUACCAAAAGAAAAGACUAUUGACAAGGUUUUAAGAAUUAUUAAUGACUCAAUGGCAUAUGUUCAAGAAAAUAUCUUACUUACAGAAGACAGUCCUAUGGAUGCUGGAUUAACAACGUUCCAAGGAGUAGUAGUAUUACGAGUUGACUCAACUACUUUUGCUGUAUGUUAUGUUAAUAUUGGAGAUUGUAGAGGGUUGUUGGUUCAUCGAACAAAUGAAAAGUGUGAAGAGUUAGUAGAAGGAUAUUCCACUCGUGUUGAUGUAAAGACUACUGGAGGAAGAUUAGGACCUGUUGAAGGAGAACAGCCUGAGCUAGAUAAUUAUCGAUGUGGAGUACAGUUUGUUCAACCAGGAACUUCUAUUAUAAUUAUGACAGAUGGUAUUUGUGAUAAUUUUGAUAUUAGGAUGUUUAAUGACAGUCCAAAAGAUUGUGGUCUUCCAGGUGAGGAAUGGUCAGAUGAUAAUUCUACUCAAACAGAAAAAAGAAAACAGGAAUUAUAUCAAAGUUUGAUUACAUUAUAUCUUGAACCAUCUUUAGUUCAGUUAUGUCAAAACGUUUAUGAUUUUGUUGUUGACAAAACACAAGAACAACGCACUCUUAAAAUUGAAGCUUCAAAAACUAAAUCUAAGACACCAAACAAUCAAAUCCUUCACGGAAAAAUGGACCAUUCUACUUUGUGCGUAUUGGUUUUAAAUGAUGGGUUAUUUACUAAAACCACUCUUAACCAAUUAGGAUUAGAAAUCCCAAACAGCAUGAAAGUUUAA